AUGGCCCAAGACCGGGAUCCAGAUGCGGUUCAGAAUGGGUCUCGGGACAAGCUCCAGAGCUCAACUGCCUGCAUCUACUCAGGCCCAGCCCUCAUCCUGCACAACGAUGAGGUCACAGUCACAGAGGAUAAGACCAAUGCCCUCCUUAAAGCAGCGGGUGUAAAUGUGGGACCUUUCUGGAGGAACUUGUUUGCAAAGGCCCUGGCCAAUGUCAACAUCUGGAGCCUCAUCUGCGAGGUAGGGGCUGGAGGAGCCACCCCAGCAGGAGAUCCUGCUCCCCCCUCCGGGGCUGCCCCUGCGGAGAAGAAAGUGGAAGCAAAGAAACAAGAAUUGGACGAGUCUGGUGAUGACACACGUUUUGGUCUUUUGGACCACACCUCUCCCGUCGUCAUGCAGAAGACCUCGCCAGAGGGCUCGGCCCCCAUGGCGUUCACCACAGAUCAGGCGCUGAGCAAGCGUUUCACGUGGCCAGUCUCAUUUGUCCUCCGCACACGGCCACCACAGCCUGUGUUGCUGUUUGAGGGGGAUUUUAACACGGCCCCCCUGGGCUAA